CUAGUGGAUUCCUAAAAAUAAAACAAAUCAGUCGGAUUGCUUUCUAUUGUAAGCAGGAAAGUUGCUGAUUUUCGAUUUUUCCUCUAAAUUCAGCAUAACUUUUAAUAACAUCUUAGCUAGUGUUACAGACUUUUGUCAAUUGCUUAGGUUAAGUUGUUUACAAGAAGCCGGCUAUGGAGGAAGAACAGGAUAAGGGGGCUGCAGCGGCGGCCUUGGACCCAGCGGUUCUAGCAAUCAACGAGGAAUUAGGGGCUGUAGCUGCGGCCGCCGAUCAGGGGGCUGUUCCAGCGGCUAAUUCCAAGAGAAGACAUCGCAAGAAGGACUCCAAAUCGUGGGACAAUAUCUCAAAAGUAAUCACCGGGAUGGACGAAGACAGCAAAGUCGCCUACAUUGGAGAGAAAUACAAAGACUUGCAUGAGCAAGUGCGAUCUUUGACGGCCAGUAACCAGCAAUACGUGAAAUACAACGCAGCUAUCCAGAAGGAGAGAGAUCAUCACCAGUCCGAAUUGGCCAAGAGUGUCGUAGCUAGGGCUCGGCUGGAGAAUCUGUGCCGGGAGCUGCAAAAGCAAAACAAGCAGAUCAAGGAGGAGAAUUUGGUCAAGAUAAAGGAAGAGGAAGAGCGGCGCAAGGAGGUUUCCUCGAAGUUUGCCGAUAAGUUGAGCGAUAUCAACAACAUGAUGGAUGAGAACAAGGAGAAGAGUGAAAAACUGCGCGAGGAGAAUCUCCGAAUGACCGCUAGAUUAGCUGAUUUAUUUAAACAAUUCAAGAAACGUGAGGAGGAUAUCACAAGGAUGUCGCAGCAGCUUGAGUUGGAGCGUCAGUUUGCUCAAGCCACUAUAACUAAAAUGGAGUUGGAAAUGAGGGCUCAAAACGAACUGAAUGCCAAAGAACAAGAAGUCAUGAAAUGCAACCUUGAAAAAAGCGAAGCUAAUUGUUCCGUCCUGUUGCAGACAGUUAAGGGCCUCCAAGACCACAUUGAAGUGUACAAAAACCAGUAUCAAGAUUUUGAGUCGACCAUGACCAAGAGUGCAAACGUUUUUGAUAAUUUCAAAGCAGAAAUUGCCACCAUGAAUAAACAAAUAGCCACUUUGGAAAAGGAGACUCAAUUUUGGAAAAAUAAAUUUAACGAUAGCAUGAAAGCCUUGAUUGAAGUGAGCGAGUUGAAGAAAAAUCAGGAUUUGUACGUUCAAAGUCUUGAACGGAAAGUCGAACAAUUGAAUAAACUGUGCCGCCAAAUACAAGUCGAUCGUAGUCACUAUUUGAAGCUGUUGAAGAACUCGGGAAUUGAACUGACUCCCCCUAGUCAACCGCAAGAAAAGACUGAAGAGGCUAAAAAAGCCAGUCCAACAAUGACCAAAAAAGAGCAAGAAUUACACUUGCUUAAGGAAAACUUGAAGGUCGUUCAAGAUCAGUUAGCAAGACUGAGUGUUGAAGGAACCCAGAAGACUGAGGAGCAUAAUUGCGAGGGUCCAGCGUGCAAAAUAUGCGACCCCACAACUGUACCUGCAUCGGACGGUGAUUUUUCGCAAGUUCCCUUGGAAGUCCAAAAGGAAGAAAAUCACGCCCCAGGGUCUACAGAGGAAAGUCAGUAAGGCGUUCCAAGUGACUCAUGUGAUCAACUUGCCCCAGUGGUUUUAGAAUAAUUAUUUAUUUUUCGUUUUUUUAAGUACUUAAACAAUAUAUUUUCAUUUUUUUGCAUGUUUUCAUUCAAGUAUUAUCUAAAGGAAGCACAGUGAUAAUACUCGAUUUUUGUGAUUUUUUUUAGAUAGGUGUUUUGUUUUGUAACGUUACCUGUCUUAAAUUUAUAUUUGUUUCAGAGUUUCUAUUCAGUUAGUUUAGUGUUCUGUUUUAUUGUUCAGAAAAAAUUUUUAGUUUAAUUUUUCAAAUACUACUAUUAACGUGUUUUUGUAACUUGUUUAAUUACAGUGCCUUUAACUUUGUUCUGUGAAUUACCUAAUAAAAUUUUUCAAUUAA